AGAUAAAACUUGGCAGUUGCUCAGCAAGUGCCUCAAAUAUUUCUUGGCACUUUGAACACAAAUCUGACUCCUGUCUUUGUCUGGCACACUGUGGAACCCACCCUCUCAGAGUUGAAAGCAUUUGGUAUGGUCCGGUCAGAGCAAAGGGGAAUGCCUUUCAACUGAAUUCAUUAUGGUGACCAGUAUGAGCAAGAGAACACCCCAGCUCUGUACAUAGGAACAUUUACAUUAUUUUAGUAGUCAUUUUUGUUCUUUUUGUAAUGUUUGUAACCAUUUAUCACACUUUUGUAACCGGCAAUAUAUUUGUGCUUGAAGUCCAGACAAAAGAACCAACUCUACAACAAUGUUGAUUACAAAGAUUGAAGCCAAGGAGGCUUGUCAUUGGCUCCGUGCAGCCGGCUUCCCCCAGUAUGCACAGCUUUUCAAAGAUUGCCAUUUCCCAAUUGAUUUAAAUUGGGUAAAGAGUGAUCAUGAAUUCUUGGAUAAUGAUGCUAUAGAGUCACUCUGCAGGAGAUUAGGCACCUUAAACAAAUGUGUGGAGAUGAAGCUGGAGUUGAGCAGAUUCAAAAGACGAGGAGAGGAAGAUGAGGAAGAGGAGCCCUGUGCCAUCAGCCCCAAGUGGUCCUAUGACCGUAAGAGUAAGCGCUGGAUUCGUACAGAUGGCAUGGAUUUCCUGCCAUCAGUGGACAGCCCUGUCCCAAGCCUCAGGAGGUCAGAGAGUUGCGAAGCUUCUCUGUCAGACAGCGGCGAACACCAUGAGAUCCUCUCCACGCACAGCUCUAGCAGUGCUGACAGCGACGGGGGAAGUGCCACCCACAAGACUGCAGAAGACCACGAGACAAGCCGAAGUUCCUCUAGAUGUUCCUCCACCUACAAGCCCUUGUCCCCUGACAGCUCCUGCAGUGGGCCUCCAUCCCCAGGAGAGCCUCACAGUUUCAGUAGCGAAGAACGCUUCCCCGAAAAACCUCCUGUGAAGAAGGGUCAGAGCCUGCUAAGGAAGAUGGAGAAGCUCCGGCUCCGAGGGUCAACCAUGCGGUCUCAUGGCCAAGGUGGGAAAGCCCGGCUAGUCAUCAGCAGCCCUGUACUGCAAGAGGGUCAAAGUGAGGACAAGCUGGAGCAGUUUCACUGCUUCGACAUUUCACAGUUCCAGGAUAAGGUUGGUAGUGCAGCGUCUUGUUCACCGCCUUCUGACUCCAGCAGCAGCCCCUCUGAGAACAGCAGCACUGUCAGCACCCCCAGCCCAGUCACCAAGAUCCGCAGUAACCGCAAGAGGCUUGACGCACAGAACAGGGCAACAGACGAUGGCCACAUUAGUGAGCAGGAGCUCCACAACCAACGCAAUAUGGGUGCCAACCCAGUCUUCGAGAUCCCACAUGAUCACAAGCCAGGCACGUUCCCAAUGGAUUUAAGCCACAAUACCAUCAUCUCACCCAUCGACAACACCUCCGUCAACUGGAGGACUGGGAGCUUCCAUGGGUACCGUGGCCGAAGAUGUCGAAGUAGUGGUUCCAAAGACCAGGAAUCACCCUGCAGUCCCCUGGCGACUUAUGAUCAACGUGUCAGCAUUUACGACAAUGUUCCAGAUCAUCUGCAAAUUACAGAUGACGAUGUGUUUUCUGCCUUGGAUAGUGUAAUGGAACGCAUCAGUGGACUGCAGCAGUUGGUGACUUCAUGGACAGAAAAACUAUCUGAAGAUGGAGACUCAGACUUCUCUCACUGCAGCUCUCCUUCACCCUCCUCACUGACUGACAUCCACCUCGAGAUCAAAGAGCCGGGUGAAGCAGAUCAGACAGAGCAAAGCUCUGACAGGAGCUCAGAGGCACUGACACAGACCAUUGAGCCCACAGACCACCCUUCUUGCGCUCAGAAGCUUCACUGGUCCAGUGAACAGACCUUCUUAACGAGCAACUCCAGCCCAGGCAUCGAGGCCCAGCCUGCCCCACAUGUUUCAAUGCUGCGGAGACUGAGUCUGCUCAGGCUCACUGCUCUGAUGGACAAACACUCACCCUUCAGCAAGCAAGGCUGGAACUGGACAGUACCCAAAGUCUACAGAAAGAUAAAAGCAUCAGAUCACAAAAGCAGGAAGGUUUUUGGGGUGCCAUUGCUCCAGAGUGUUCAGCAGUCAGCAAAGCCUCUGCCCCCAAGCAUCCUCAGAGCUAUGGAGUACCUGAAGACCGAAUGCCUGGAUCAGGUUGGCCUGUUCCGGAAGCCUGGGGUCAAAUCUCGAAUUCAGUACCUGAGGGACAUGGUGGAGGCGGACCCUGACAGAGUUUCCUUUGAGGGACAGUCAGCUUUUGAUGUGGCUGACAUGCUGAAGCAAUAUUUCAGAGACCUACCUGAGCCUGUCUUUUCCAGCAAGCUGUGUGAGAGCUUCCUGCACAUCUACCAGUACUUCCCAAAGGAUCAACAGUUUGCAGCAGCCCAGGCUGCCAUCUUCCUUCUGCCUGAUGAGAAUCGAGAGGCACUUCAGAGCCUCCUGUUCUUCCUCCGAGAAGUGGUGGCCUGCGUGGAGGAAAACCAGAUGACCCCCACCAAUAUUGCCGUGUGCUUGGCGCCCUCUCUAUUCCACCUCAACGUCCUUAAGAGAGAGAGCACCAACAGCAGGUCAAGCCACAGGAAAUACAGCUUGGGAAGGCCGGACCAGAGGGACCUGAGUGAGAACCUGGCUGCCACCCAGGGGCUGGCGCAUAUGGUAGCUGAGUGCACACACCUUUUCCAGAUGCCACAAUACUGGGAAGACCAGAAUCCUAACAGCCUUUAUGAAGAUGCCCUCAACAUGGACGGAAGCUUCAGCUCUCCUUCGCAUAGCGGUGAGGCUGAUCUGGCAGACCGAUCCAGGCUGGACCUUACUGUACAUCAGCUCCUGAGGGAGACUAGAGAGAAGCCCAAAGGCUGGGUAACCUGCUCUACCUCAGAUCAUGUGGAUGUGGCAUUUAAAAAGAUGGAAGACGGCUACCCCUUGCUGUUGUGGAGGGGGGCAGUUGAAGUGGAAGCCCCGCAGCAAGAAGUCCUUCACUGCAUCCUGAGGGAACAUGGGCAGUGGCAGAGUGACCUCCAGCAUAGUGAGGUGGUGGAGACCUUGGACAAGGACGCAGAGGUCUACCAGUAUACCCUGCAGGCUGCCGGAGCCAGGCCACCACUGCAGCAUGUGCUGCUGAGGACCUGGCACUCGGAUCCUUCAACAGGGCCUCUGUUUGUGGCAUCCACUUCAGUAGAGCGUCCUGACGUCCCAGCCAGAGGGGCAAUGGCCCAAGUGCUCUGCUGCGUGUUUCUUGUGGAGCCAAUGGGGGCGAAAAGGUCACGACUCACGCACUUCUGCCGAACAGACACCAGAGGACGAUCUCCAGAAUGGCACAAUAAAGUUGGUGGACACCUGCUUUCCUCCACCCUGGUGGCAAUUAGGGACUCCUUUCGACCAAAGACGAAAGAUUCCAGGGUUUGAACGGACCUGAUUUUUGCAACCCGGGACAGUUUUGCGACCUACUUUUUCAGGUCAUUCACAAAAGCAAAUGGAAAAUAAAGGACAAAAAAAAUAAAAUGUCGAUGUGCAAGAGAUAAGAGCCGCACAGCUGGAGGAAGAUGGAAUGGAAUCUCGGAAUGGUUGUUCCAACGCCAGCACUGGGGGGAAGAGUUACAGAAGCAUUUCAAUGCAGCCUGCAGACUAGGAACAACAACAGUAUGAUGAGAUGAUCCAAGAGAGCCGCUUCGCUUGCUUUUAUUAAGACUGACAAGGGAAAGUGUCAGAGUAAUGAAACGUCUCAUCCCAUUUGAAGGGCCGUUCCAUGGGCUAAUGCAUUGCAAAGGUUGUGUUCAGCACUCUUGCCUCGCUGUUUUUAAAGUGUUAAAAGGACUGCAAAUGUGAAAAUCUACUUCUGUGAGGAGUCCCUACAUCAUUGUUCUACAUGGAGACGCUACCAAUGCGUCACUUCAAAGCAUGACAGACACGCCAAUUCGGGGCAGACGCCUCGCUGUAGGGAAAUUCUUUUGUACUUUAGUGACUGUGACACUGAUUCAUGAAGGCAUGUUGUUGUGUUGGAAACUGUAACAUUCACAUAUUUAUUCCAGAGUGGUUGAAAGUGUGUCUGAUCAAGCUAAGCACCUCCAUCUGCGGGUGUAUGUGACCUGGCAUAUUACAAUGCUCUUCGACGUUGUUGACUUAAACGCCUGUAGGGACUUCAAAUACUACAAAUCGCUCUCCAUGUCAGAAGUUUGUCUUUGUACAUAUUUAAAAGUGUGUGUGAUUCAUUGUAUUUCAAUUUCAAAAUCUUUUAUGGUGAUGUAAUAUAAUUGAAUGUUUUAAUGACUAAUAGAAGAGAUUAUUUAAACAUAUAUAAACAAAUCAAACUACCUUAACUACUGAAGAGCUAUUUUACCUAAUCAAGCCCACUAUAUGGGACCUGUUACACCUGUUAAGCUAAUCGACUCUUCUGAUCAGCACUGUCCAAUGUAUUUGUCUUUGUCCUGAAUUACAAAGAAAAGCUUGCAUACUUGUAUCCAGUCUGUUUUUGAAAAGAAGAUUCUUAGCAUAUUCAAACGAAGAAUUAUCAACAUUGUCUCUAAUGUUGAAAACAGGACUUCUGUGCAUGAAAACCAGAAUAUUUGGAUAUGUAAGAAAUCUUUUCACAUUUAAGGUUUGCAGUUGACAAAAUAGCAAGGCCACAGCCCCUCCUCUUUGCACAUUUCAAACGAGCAGAUGCACUUGAUUUGACUCAUGACUUUGACAUGACUGCUUCAAGGUUAAAGCUAUUGUGUUUGUUUUGACUGGACCACAAGCACCUACAGCCUUUCCACUUAAGUUCUUUCCAUUAACUCAAUGUUAUGUCUUUGGGCCAUGUAGAGUCAAGGUCAGUCAGUCAUCUCUUUGUGUUAUCCUUUAUAAACUAAACUAAAUAAACUCAGAAUGUUAUUGCA